AAAGUGAAAUCGUACUCGAUACAUUUAAAAUGACCAGCACUUAUAGAAUUUCAACAUUCAAAACUUUAAUAUAAUACAAACACUUAAAAUUAUUCACAUUUAUUUAAAAUGAGCUGUCCUGGUUUCGGUGAGUUAAAUAUACCUUCUUCGCGUGCUUUUUGGGAUGACUGCGAAGAGGAUGAGUUCGAAAAUGUAGAGCCGGCGGAAAAGUUGCAACUAAAAUUCGAUGAUUCGGAGGCAGUUAAUCCCAUAGCUAGUGAGCAUAUGAUCAUCAUUGAAAGUCCCCAUAUUGCACACUUUGCUAGCUCUGCUCUGUUGCAGGAUAUGAAAAGAAUUUGCAAAAUUCCCGCUAAGGAUUCUGCUUUAUAUUGGCAACCAUCAAAAUUGCAAUUGUUGGCCAUUCUGGAGGAUGAUCUGACCAAGAGUGGUGAAGUCACCGAACUGUUGAUACCCUAUGCGCGUUUGGCAAAAAAAGUGACGACUUUGACAUUGAAGCCAAAGGUUGACUACAAAAGUGAGGAGAUUAACAAAUACGUCGAUGAAAUCGGAAUAGUCCGAUCGGUGGGCCCAAAUCUGGCGAAUGUGCAGGAGCUGGAGGCUCCCAACUUCAUAGCUGGUGUAGCAGCAGGAAUUGCGAGUUGGCGAGAUCAGGAGCAGACUCCAAUAAAUGCAUAUGUUAUCUAUACAGAUAAACUGCCUUUGGAUGGGACAGCUGCCCAGCCAGUUCUGAAAUUGCUGCAGAAGAUUGGUUUAUCGUGCAAUUCCAGCUAUGUGCCGGCUCGCAAGGAUUCUUCAUAUUUAUAUAUGUGAUUUCGUGUUUCAGCUAGGUUUUCAAUAAUUUUAUUAACGGUUGCGGUGACAAAAAAAAUUCACAAUAAAUAUCGAUUUCAAAUCGCUGGAGCUAAUUCAACACUUUAAA